AUGGUCCCCAUGUUGAGAAGUCAUCAGAGGGACGGACCAGAACCACACCUCCAGCUCAGAGGGAGAGACCAGAACCACAGCUCAGAGGGAGAGACCAGGACCACACAUCCAGCUCAGAGGGAGAGACCAGGACCACACCUCCAGCUCAGAGGGAGAGACCAGGACCACACCUCCAGCUCAGAGGGAGAGACCAGAACCACACCUCCAGCUCAGAGGGAGAGACCAGGACCACACCUUCAGCUCAGAGGGAGAGACCAGGACCACACCUCCAGCUCAGAGGGAGAGACCAGGACCACACCUCCAGCUCAGAGGGAGAGACCAGGACCACACCUCCAGCUCAGAGGGAGAGACCAGGACCACACCUUCAGCUCAGAGGGAGAGACCAGGACCACACCUCCAGCUCAGAGGGAGAGACCAGGACCACACCUCCAGCUCAGAGGGAGAGACCAGGACCACACCUCCAGCUCAGAGGGAGAGACCGGGACCACACCUUCAGCUCAGAGGGAGAGACCAGGACCACACCUUCAGCUCAGAGGGAGAGACCAGGACCACACCUCCAGCUCAGAGGGAGAGACCAGGACCACACCUCCAGCUCAGAGGGAGAGACCAGGACCACACCUUCAGCUCAGAGGGAGAGACCAGGACCACACCUUCAGCUCAGAGGGAGAGACCAGGACCACACCUCCAGCUCAGAGGGAGAGACCAGGACCACACCUUCAGCUCAGAGGGAGAGACCAGGACCACACCUUCAGCUCAGAGGUACCAGGACCUCACCCCCAGCUCACAGGGACCAGGACACUGCUCAUGGUUUAG